ACAGGCCAGAAUGUAAAAGGAGCGCCUAUAACUAGUUUUCUCACAUUUAACUAAAUGACACAACAUGUUUUCUCACAUUUAGUUAAAUGUGCAAAAGUCUAAAUGUAAAUGUUAAAUAUAAAUGUAAAUGUUAAAUAUAAAUGUAAAUGUUAAAUGUCAAACAAUCGGUCACGUCCUUCGUGACAUCCUGUGGGGGGUGCUCCGGGAGUAUGGAGUCCAGAGCUCUUUGCUAAGGGCUGUUCGGUCUCUGUACAUCUACUGGAAGCACAACUACUGGAGAGAAAGAGACAAGGUUACUUGAACAUAGAACAAUGAUGGGAGGUUAUUGGACAGAAGAGGUAGAAGGAAACAGAGGAUCUCAGUUUAUAAAUGAAGUCCCCCAGCAGUCUAUGUCUAUUGCAGCUUAACUAAGAGAUGGUUCCUGUGACUAACAAUCAUUGCCAGUCAGUGACCUGAACCAUCUCUAACUAUAAGCUUUAUCAAAUAGGAAGGUUUUAAGCCUAAUCUUAAAGGUGGAGAGUGUGUCAGCUUCUCGAACCUGAGGAGGGAGCUGGUUCCAGAGGAGAGGAGCUUGGUAGCUAAAAGCUCUGCCCCCCGUUCUACAUUUAAAGACUCUAGGAACCACAAGUAGCCCAGCGCUCUGAGAACAAUGUGUUCUGCUGUAAACAUAAGGAACUAUGAGGUCUUUAAGAUAAGAAGGACCUUUAUCAUUGAGUACUUUGUAGAUAAUCAGUAUGAUGAAGAUGAUGAUGAAAUCACUCCAGAUCUGUGGCAGGAGGCCUGCUGGAUUGUUAUCAGCUCUUAUUUUGAUGAGAAGGGCCUGGUGCGGCAGCAGCUGGACUCCUUUGAUGAGUUCAUCCAGAUGUCUGUUCAGAGAAUAGUGGAGGAUGCACCCCCCAUUGACCUGCAGGCCGAAGCCCAGCACACAUCCGGGGAGGUGGAAGAGCCGCCUCGCUACCUGUUAAAGUUUGAGCAGAUCUACCUGUCCAAGCCCACCCACUGGGAGAGAGACGGAGCUCCUUCUCCUAUGAUGCCCAACGAAGCUCGACUACGGAACCUUACGUACUCUGCUCCACUUUACGUGGACAUUACAAAGACCAUUGUGAAGGAAGGCGAAGACCAGCUGCAGACCCAGCACCAAAAGACCUUUAUUGGAAAGAUUCCAAUCAUGCUCCGCUCCACCUACUGUUUGCUGAGUGGGCUGACAGACCGAGACCUGUGUGAGCUUAACGAGUGUCCCCUUGACCCUGGAGGUUAUUUUAUCAUCAACGGCUCAGAGAAGGUGCUGAUCGCUCAGGAAAAGAUGGCCACCAACACUGUGUAUGUUUUUGCCAAGAAGGACUCAAAGUAUGCCUACACAGCUGAGUGCCGGUCCUGUUUGGAGAACUCGUCACGUCCCACCAGCACAAUCUGGGUCAGCAUGAUGGCCAGGGGAGGACAGGGAGUGAAGAAAAGUGCAAUUGGCCAGAGGAUUGUCUCCACAUUGCCAUACAUCAGACAGGAAGUUCCCAUCAUCAUUGUGUUCCGGGCGCUGGGCUUCGUGUCUGACAGAGACAUCUUGGAGCAUAUCAUUUAUGACUUUGAUGACCCUGAGAUGAUGGAGAUGGUGAAGCCAUCUCUAGAUGAAGCCUUUGUGAUCCAGGAACAAAACGUGGCUCUGAACUUCAUCGGUUCUAGAGGAGCAAAGCCCGGAGUGACCAAAGAACGAAGGAUUAAAUAUGCUAAAGAAGUUCUGCAAAAAGAGAUGCUACCACAUGUUGGAGUUAGCGACUUCUGUGAAACCAAGAAGGCUUACUUCCUCGGGUACAUGGUGCACCGGUUGCUGCUUGCUGCUCUUGGUAGACGGGAGUUGGAUGACAGAGAUCACUAUGGCAACAAAAGGCUGGACCUUGCUGGGCCGCUUUUGGCUUUUCUGUUCAGAGGGAUGUUUAAGAACCUGCUAAAGGAAAUCAGAAUCUAUGCCCAGAAAUUCAUCGACAGAGGAAAAGACUUCAAUCUGGAGCUCGCAAUCAAAACCAGGAUCAUCUCUGAUGGCCUCAAAUACUCACUGGCCACUGGGAACUGGGGCGACGUUAAGAAGGCCCACCAGGCCCGAGCCGGAGUGUCCCAGGUGCUAAACCGUCUCACUUUUGCAUCCACAUUGUCCCACUUACGUCGAGUCAACUCUCCCAUCGGCAGAGAUGGUAAAUUGGCAAAGCCGCGACAGCUGCACAACACGCUUUGGGGAAUGGUGUGUCCAGCCGAGACCCCAGAGGGUCACGCUGUGGGUCUGGUAAAAAACUUAGCCCUCAUGGCCUACAUCUCUGUCGGGUCCCAACCAUCCCCCAUCCUGGAGUUUCUAGAGGAGUGGAGUAUGGAAAACCUGGAAGAGAUCUCUCCUGCUGCCAUUGCAGACGCCACAAAAAUCUUUGUGAAUGGUUGCUGGGUUGGAAUCCACAAAGAUCCUGAACAGCUGAUGAACACGCUGAGGAAGCUGCGACGACAGAUGGACAUCAUAGUGUCCGAGGUGUCUAUGAUCAGAGACAUAAGGGAACGUGAAAUCAGGAUUUACACAGAUGCUGGACGAAUAUGUCGACCGUUGUUAAUUGUUGAGAAACAAAAACUUCUGUUGAAGAGACGACACAUCGACCAGCUGAAGGAGAGAGAGUACAACAACUACAGCUGGCAGGAUCUGGUGGCAAGCGGCGUGGUUGAAUACAUUGACACUCUGGAAGAGGAGACGGUGAUGCUUGCUAUGACUCCUGAUGACCUCCAGGAAAAGGGUGUGGCCUACUGCUCCACCUACACUCACUGUGAAAUCCACCCAUCCAUGAUCCUGGGAGUCUGUGCUUCCAUUAUACCCUUCCCCGACCACAACCAGUCUCCUAGGAACACGUAUCAGUCUGCCAUGGGAAAACAAGCCAUGGGCGUCUACAUUACCAACUUCCACGUUCGCAUGGACACACUCGCGCACGUCUUGUACUACCCGCAGAAACCACUUGUCACCACCCGCUCCAUGGAGUACCUGCGCUUUAGAGAGCUACCUGCAGGCAUCAACUCCAUUGUGGCAAUCGCCUCCUAUACAGGAUACAACCAGGAGGACUCUGUGAUCAUGAACAGGUCAGCGGUGGACCGAGGUUUCUUCAGAUCUGUUUUUUAUCGGUCCUACAAAGAACAGGAGUCAAAGAAAGGUUUCGAUCAAGAGGAGAUUUUUGAGAAGCCAACACGUGAAACCUGUCAAGGAAUGAGACACGCAAUAUAUGACAAGCUGGAUGACGAUGGACUGAUUGCACCUGGAGUCCGUGUGUCCGGAGAGGAUGUGAUUAUUGGUAAGACGGUGACGUUGCCAGAGAAUGACGAUGAAUUGGAUAGCACCAACCGCCGCUACACCAAGAGGGACUGCAGCACCUUCCUGAGGACCAGCGAGACCGGCAUUGUGGACCAGGUUAUGGUGACCCUGAAUCAGGAGGGCUACAAGUUUUGCAAGAUCAGGGUCCGUUCAGUUCGAAUUCCUCAAAUUGGAGACAAAUUUGCGAGUCGACACGGACAGAAAGGAACCUGUGGGAUCCAGUAUAGACAGGAGGACAUGCCGUUUACCUGUGAGGGUAUUACACCUGAUAUCAUAAUCAAUCCUCAUGCCAUCCCGUCCAGAAUGACAGUUGGACAUCUGAUCGAGUGUCUGCAAGGCAAGGUGUCUGCCAACAAAGGUGAGAUUGGUGAUGCAACCCCAUUUAAUGAUGCCGUGAAUGUGCAGAAAGUGUCAAACCUGCUCUCGGAGUACGGAUAUCACCUAAGGGGAAAUGAGGUUCUGUACAAUGGGUUCACAGGAAGGAAGCUGACAUCUCAGAUUUUCAUUGGUCCGACUUAUUAUCAGCGCCUAAAGCACAUGGUGGAUGAUAAGAUCCACUCAAGGGCUCGGGGCCCGGUCCAGAUCCUUAACAGGCAGCCCAUGGAGGGACGAUCACGUGAUGGAGGUCUACGCUUUGGAGAGAUGGAGCGUGACUGUCAGAUCGCCCACGGAGCAGCUCAGUUCCUCAGAGAGCGUCUGUUUGAGGCAUCAGACCCGUAUCAAGUCCAUGUGUGUAAUCUGUGUGGUCUGAUGGCGAUUGCUAACACGAGGACACAUACGUACGAGUGUCGAGGCUGCCGCAAUAAGACACAGAUCUCUCUGGUCCGGAUGCCAUACGCCUGUAAACUGCUGUUUCAGGAACUGAUGUCAAUGAGCAUUGCUCCUCGAAUGAUGACAACAUAAAUUAGCUCGGUCAAUCUCUCACCUCCCUGCAGGCAUUCGAUUUGACAGCAUCAGCAACCCUUUUUUUUUGUUUUUUUUUUUUUUUUGUUCUUUUUUUAGUAAAUAAAUCUGAUGUUUCUGUA